AUGCCUGGAGUAAAUGAGGCGGAAACUAUUCGUAUUCUCAUCUCCACCGAUAAUCAUGUCGGUUACAACGAGCGAGAUCCCAUCCGUGGGGAUGACAGCUGGAAGAGCUUCCACGAAAUAAUGUGCCUGGCCAAGGAACGGGAUGUCGAUAUGGUUCUCCUGGCAGGAGACUUGUUCCAUGAGAAUAAGCCGUCGCGAAAAUCCAUGUACCAGGUCAUGCGGUCGAUUCGAAUGAACUGUUUCGGGGACAAGCCGUGUGAACUAGAGAUGCUCAGCGAUGCAAGUGAAAACUUUCAGGGGGCAUUCAACCAUGUCAACUACGAGGACCUGGAUAUGAACGUGGCGAUUCCUAUCUUCUCCAUCCACGGAAAUCACGACGAUCCCUCGGGAGAGGGUCAUCUGGCCGCAUUAGAUCUACUGCAAGUGUCCGGCCUUCUCAACUACUACGGCCGGACUCCGGAGUCAGACAACAUUCAAAUUAAGCCUGUCUUGCUACAGAAAGGCCGGACAAAGCUUGCGCUGUACGGAAUGAGCAACGUUCGAGAUGAGCGACUGUUCCGCACCUUUCGUGAUGGCAAAGUUAAAUUCUUCCAACCGUCUGUCCAGAAAAGUGACUGGUUCAAUUUGAUGUCUGUGCAUCAGAACCAUCAUGCCCAUACAGAAACUAGUUACCUGCCGGAGAACUUCCUUCCCGAAUUUCUCGAUUUGGUCGUCUGGGGUCACGAACAUGAAUGCCUGAUUGAUCCUAAGCUCAACCCAGAGACCAAAUUCCAUGUUAUGCAGCCAGGAUCGUCUGUCGCAACAUCCUUGGUACCUGGGGAGGCUGUUGCAAAGCAGGUCUCGAUUUUGAGUGUAACAGGCCGAGAAUUUAAAAACGAACCUAUCCGAUUGAAGACGGUGCGACCGUUUGUGAUGCGGGAAAUUGUAUUAUCCGAAGAAAAGGGAGCCCAAAAGCUUGCACGCAAGGAAAACAAUCGCACAGAAGUAACUCGGUUCCUCAUGUCCAUUGUCGAAGAGCUGAUUGAAGAAGCCAACGCAGAAUGGUUAGAGAUGCAAGGCGACCGCAUUGAUGAGGACAGCGAUGACACGCUGGAAGUUCCGCUUCCUCUCGUUCGCCUCCGUGUGGAGACUUCCACACCUGAAGGUGGUAGUUACGAUUGUGAAAACCCGCAGCGAUUCUCCAAUCGCUUCAUUGGUAAGGUCGCUAACGUGAAUGAUGUGGUGCAAUUCUACCGCAAGAAAAAAACCGCUUCUACGUCGCGCAAGGAUGAUAAAUCCAUUGAUGAAUCGGCCGUUUCUCAUCUAUCAGCCCUUGACACUGUGAAAGUCGAACAACUAGUGCGCGAGUUCCUCUCAUCACAGUCGUUAAUUAUUCUGCCGCAGAAUUCUUUCGGAGAUGCUGUUGCUCAAUUCAUUGACAAGGAUGACAAGCAUGCCAUGGAGAUGUUCGUCAAUGAAUCCCUCGAGAGCCAGGUCAAACACUUGUUAGCCUUAGAUCGCGACGAGGACGAGAUGGACGACGAGGAGAGAGAGCAAAGCUCGCUAGUCACUGCUAUGGAGAAAUAUCGUGGUCAGAUGGAAACCAUGUUUUCAAAGGGCGUGAAGAAGCGAACUCGCGGCAAAAAGCGCUUUAAGCCCAAGCCAGAUGGGUGGGAUUCCGAGUUUGAUGGCGUGUGGGAAGACCAGCCCGGUGCACUUAUUCAUUCUGACAAUGAAGGUGGGGAUCCAGCAGAGGAAGAAGCUGGAGAAGAUGGGACAGUUGCCGCUCGUGGUCGUGCUGCAGGCCCGACUCGCGGUCGUGGUAGGGGUCGUGGCCGAGGUGGAACAGCCGCUCUGCGAACCACCAAGUCCAAACCUACCCCAGAAACAAAGACUACGAAGGGUCGCAAAAAGCAAACGGUCUCAGACGAAGAAUCGGACGUGAUUAUGCUGGACGAUGAUGACGACGAUGAUUCGCAGGCACUGUUUGUCAAGCAGCCUCGCUCUACCACUACCGCAAAGCCACGAAAAGCUGCCCCUACUACGACGACGACGACCCAGCGCCGCGGUGGACGUGCUGCUGCCUCGCCCGCUCCGUCAUCGGUCACUGUUGGGGGGACUGCUUCUCGGCGAGCCCCUGCGCGCGGUAAGCCAGCUCAGUUUACGCUCAACUUCUCCGCUUCACAGGCCAGCGCGCCUCUGUCCUCACGACCUAGCCGCUCCACCCGUAAUAUGAGUGUUAUAAGCGAUGGUAUUGACGAUGACGAUGACGAUGACGAUGACGCCUUUGAAGAAAUGCCGACCACCUCGAGGCGUCGUGCCUCGGGAUCUGCCUCAGACCGGCGUCAGGCUAUCGCUGAUUUUGCGCGUCACCACCCGACCGAUCCUAUCGAUGUCAUCAUUGCUGAUUUCAUGAGCGAAUUUAACAUGGCCACUGCCGCAGGUCGGCGCGUGGACCAGGCAGCCUCCCAAGAACACACAGCACCGGCCUAUGAGCCCUCCUUCCUAGAAUCACUUGAGCCAGCUCUAGAUGAUUUGGCCAAGUAUGGAAUUAAGCUCGCGGUUAACGCUGGAGUGACUGACACAAAGGGUCUCUACGAGGUGGUGAUACGUAUGGUUGAGGCAAAGAAGCUGGACUUGAAGAUUGCAUGGGUUUCCGGGGAUGAAGUGCUAUCUACCGUCCAGAAGGGAUUGACUUCCGGAUCUGAAUUUCGCAACGUCUACACAGGUGAGCGAUUGGCAGAUUGGUCAUUCGAGCCCAUCUAUGCCCAGUGCUAUCUCGGUGGCCUCGGUAUUGCGGCUGCAUUCGCAGAUGGCGCGGACAUUGUAUUAUGUGGGCGGGUCUCGGAUGCUUCACCUGUCAUCGGAGCUGCUUACUGGUACCAUGGCUGGCAGCGAGAUGAGCUUGACAAGCUAGCGAAUGCGUUUGUAGCAGGCCAUCUGAUCGAGUGCAGCAACUAUGUCUGUGGAGGUAACUUUACAGGCUUCAAAGCCCUAGAGCACGCAGAUGGAGAUGGAUGGACCAACAUCGGAUAUCCAAUCGCCGAGAUCUCUGCCGAGGGCGACGUUGUGAUCACCAAGCAGGCGCAUGCUACCGGUGGUGCUGUGACUGUCGAUACUUGCACAUCUCAACUGCUCUACGAAAUACAAGGAGCUUGGUACUACAACUCCGAUGUCACUGCGGUUCUCGAUGGUGUACACUUCUCGCAGCGCGGCGUCAAUCGUGUUGCUGUUCAUGGAGUUCGAUCCAGUCCUCCUCCGCCCACCACUAAGGUUGGUAUCACUGCUCGAGGUGGGUUCCAAGCAGAGGCAUGGUGGUUUUUAACUGGUCUGGAUAUCGAAGCCAAAGCUCGCAUGCUGGAGGCACAGGUCCGCCAAUUGUUGUCACCCUAUUCGGACAAAUAUACAUCGCUUAAUUUCGAUUUACUGGGAUCUUCCAUCUCCGACCCACACAACCAGAAUCGCGCUACUGUGCCGCUACGCAUCGUUGUACAGGCACGACAUGCGGAGGACCUUGCACCGACACAGUUCCUCAAACCUAUCACCGACAACAUCAUGCAGGGCUACCCUGGCGCUACCUUUCACCUAGAUAUGCGCCAGGGAUUCCCGCGUGCCAUUUUUGAGUACUAUGUCAGCUUGCUGCCACAAUCCGCUGUCCAGCACCGCGUUCACAUGCCCUGGAAGCCGACAAAAUCUACGCAAACUCUCGAUAUCUCACCUCCGACAAACACCAGGGCAUAUCCAUCACGCCAGCCCUCGCAGCCCGUCACACACUCUGACGGGCCCGUUGACCUUACCCGCGACUUUGGUCCGACGACCCGUGGUCCACUAGGUUGGAUCGUUCAUGCACGCUCUGGGGACAAAGGUGCUGACGCUAACUGCGGCUUCUGGGUGCGCCACCGUGAUGAGUACCAAUGGCUGCGGGCGUUGCUAUCUGUCGGCAAGGCGCAAGAGCUGUUGGGAGAUACUGGCCGUGAGAACCAGCAGUUGGCGAUUGAUCGGUUCGAGUUGCCUAGCCUUCAUGCGGUCCAUUUCCUCUUUCGCAAUCUACUAGAUCGGGGCGUCGGUGUGACCACCACGGUCGAUUUCCUAGGGAAGAAUGUGGCGGAAUAUCUACGGGCGCGGCAUGUUGAUCUCCCUGUGCGAUUCUUGAACCGUGGAAAGCUGUAG